CCUUUCAUUCCUAAUAAUUAUUUCAAAACGUCAAUUUCAUACAGAAGUCGACAACAACAAAAACAAUGAAAAUUAAACAGGAAAUUACGCGGUUUUAAAUCAAAAUUAAAAUGGAAGUGUUUAGGUCCGAAACAUAUUACAUAUUUGUUAGAAAUGAAUCUAGUCUCUGGUGGAAUCGAGUAACUGGUGCGUUCUCCGUCCGUUCAGCAUGGGAUCUAUCUGAUAUAGAAGAUAUAGAAUGCUUAGGUAUAACAGAGGGCAUCAUAGGAAAAGUAGAACAUUCCAAUGUUUAUGAACCACGUCUUAUGAUUAUAAAAGAAUCUGUACCAGUUGGACAAAUUUAUUUCCACCAUACUAUUUAUAAAAUUAAAUCAAUAUGUUUUCUGAACAUGGGUAUGACAAAUCAAGAGCUAGAACUAUGUCCAUGCACAAAACAUGGUUCAUCAUCAUCUGUUAAUUCAAAUAGAUCCAAUAACAGAAAAAUGGGUGCAAGGUUAUUUGAAAAUUCUGCAUUUUUGAAUAAAACUGUUGGUGCAGUAAAAAAUGUAAGCAAUACAAUUAAAACAACUACUCAACAAGCUGCUACUCAGGUAAAGCAAACUGUGAAAAAACAGAGAGAUGUGAAACUGGAUGACAAAUUUGAGAAGAGGCUUACAGAUGAACUUCAUAAGAUAUUUGAUGAUUCUGAUAGUUUCUAUUAUUGUAGAACAUUAGAUUUGACAAACAGUCUACAAAGACAAUACGAGAUAGAGAAAAUGCUUGAAACAGAGGAAAAUGUGUGUAAACCUGUCACAGAUUUAACUAGAUGGUGGAAGUAUGUUGAUGAUAGAUUCUUUUGGAAUAAAUAUAUGUUAAAGGAUAUCAUAGCAUUGGAGAGCCCUGCCUGUGAUGAAUGGGUGCUACCAAUAAUUCAAGGAUACAUACAUCUAUCCCAAAUAGCCUGUGAGCCGGCAGAUGUUAAUCCACUGAAUACAGAAACCCUAUCUAGUAAUAACACCUCAGAUGAUACUUUCACCCUUGGUCUUAUAUCGAGAAGAUCUAGAUAUCAGGCUGGAACCAGAUACAAUCGUAGAGGGAUAGAGCCAAGUGGUAAAGUAGCCAACUAUGUGGAGACCGAGCAAAUUGUGUCACUUGUUUGCUCUGACAGCAUACACCGAGCUUCAUUUGUACAGGUCCGCGGAUCCGUGCCAAUAUUCUGGAGUCAGCCAGAAUACAAGUUCAGGCCACCACCUCGGCUUGAUAGAACGGAAGAAGAGUCACACCAAGCCUUCAAGAAACACUUCGAAGAGGAACUAAAUAUUUACAAGCAAGUUUGUAUCGUAAACCUGGUAGAACAGCAAGGCCGAGAGAAGAUUAUAUGGGAGACGUAUGGAAACCAUGUGUUAAAGUACAAUAGCCCCGAUAUUAUUUACGCUACGUUUGAUUUUCAUGAAUAUUGCCGCGGUAUGCACUAUGAAAACGUCAGUAUACUGAUUAAUGCAAUCGCAGACAUCAUAGAUGAAAUGCGAUUCUGUUGGCGCGACGACCGCGGCCUCAUUUGCGGCCAAAAUGGCGUCUUUCGUGUGAAUUGCAUCGAUUGUCUCGAUCGCACUAACGUUGUACAGACUGCUAUUGCAAAGCUGGUGUUAGAGCUUCAGCUACGUCGUCUUGGCUUAGGCGGUGGUGGUCUCCCGCCCGCCCUACGACAGGCCUUCUUAUCUAUGUGGGCAGACAGCGGAGAUGUCAUCUCACGGCAAUACGCUGGGACUAAGGCUCUUAAGGGUGAUUACACACGAACGGGUGAGAGAAAGCUUACGGGUAUGAUGAAAGAUGGUGUUGCUUCAGCAAAUAGAUACUAUUUGUCAACGUUCAAAGACGCGUUGCGUCAAGUGGCAAUAGAUGUGAUGACUGGGGAGUCCCGCUCCAUCCCCGAACAACUGAUUGUGCCCUGCAAUAAGUGCACUAGUACCGGCAUCAAGCUUGAUGUCUUUAAUCUGGAACAACCAGCUCCUAGUACAGAAGCGAUGGCCCAGCAUGUGAAGUCACUAAUUGACGAUUGCAAGAAACUCCUCGUCGAUACGGAACCGAUUUUGGGCUCAUGGGGUCUCAUUGAUGCGGAUCCACAUACGGGUGAUCCCCAUGAGACAGAGAUGGAUAGUGUGUUGGUGCUGACAAGCGAGGCGUAUUACGUCACUGAUUACGAUGAGACGUCAGACCGGCUACUAUCCGUACAAAGGGUUGCAUUGGGUGACGUCACGGCUGUGGAACUUGGCACCCUGGACACAAAUUCCACUAUAUUUAGCGUAGGCCGCAAGAGUGCCACCGAGCCGGUCCACUGUAUUCGGAUUCAUUACGUGUAUAAUACGGAAGCCGGGUAUUUCCACAUGUUCCGAUCGACAACCCUACGAUUCUUCAAUAACAUGGCCGUUGUUAUCAACACCAAGGAUGAAAUGAUAGAAUCGCUACACUCAAUAUGUGAGUCCAUAAUGGUAGCUCGCGACAUCGCUAAAUUGCCUCCAAUAACCUUUCACGAUGGCAUCAAAUUGGAAAGAAGAAAAUCGAAGGUUCAUCCAAGUCAAGGUGGUGUAGGGCGGUCUUCUCUAUACGUCGAUCUGUCCCGGCUUCCUACCCUCACCAGGAAUGUUAGCGAGACGCAGCUGGUAGCUGACAUACGGAGUGUUGGAUCAAAAGCUCUUACAAACAUGACGGAGCAAUUCAGUAAACUAAACAAAUUAAGUCAUACCCUCAACGCUAGAGCGCGCCCCAGUCUACAACUUAAAUUCGAUCAAAGUGCCGCUAGAACACGAAAAAUGUUCACAUUAGGAAACAAAACGGAUAACAAGAAAAAAGGAAGCCUCUCAGACGGAAUGAGCUCGGAUUACUCAAGCGAUGACGAAAAUAGAACAAAUAUCUUCGAGCCGACCUUGGACAACUUCGAAAACAUGCAGCACUACAUCGGAGAUCAGCAGAAAAGGGACGACGAUUGUGAAUUAAUCCAAAAUCCACUUUACACCUCCAAAAUCGAACCACACGAAGAGCCAUCUUCCUCCACUCCAACGGAAAAGCCAGCGACAACUCCACAAACACAAAAAACGAACCCCUUCGAUGUAGAAUCGACUCCACAGAUUCAUAUCGACUCGGAUUUUAAACCACUUCCGCCCAACUCUUUGUUGCUAUCCCAGAAGUUGUCGCAAAGCUCAAGUCACAUUUUCGACGAUUCUACACCCGAGGGAGUCAAUUAUCACGUGAGGUCCAAUUCGCAGCAUGAGAUAACGCUCAAUAUCGCAACAUCUCACAGUGAGAGCGCGAUACGGCAGCUCAGGAAUAUCGCCAGUCCGGUGACCAGUGCUCGGGAUAUGGUUCUUUCGCCGCUGUCGAAGUUAGCUAAAGGGGUUCAGACACUCGGCGCCAACUUGGACCCAAGAAAAAUUAAGGGUACUGCAGCAGUAAAACACGUAAGUGAAGCUCAAUAUGAGGAACAUAAGAAAUUGCAAGAGAAAUGGCAAGGUUGUAGUACUCGACUUGUUGCUCUCUAAGUAUUGCCAUCUAAUUGAAUUUACCGUAAAUUUGAGGUUAUAUAAUUUAAAUAACAUUUUAUUGGUAACCACUAAAUUAUAAAAUUUAUAUCAAAAUUAAUAUUUUGAAAAUGAUGAUUGAAUUAAAAUAUUACAAUAAUUUAUUUUAAAACCAUUCCGACAUUUUGAAUUGUUUCAAGCAACCUAAAUCUCGUAUUCUAAAACGUCAAUCAAACUUAAUUCUCGUUUCCAGAGUUAUAAAACCAUUCUUUAUGUAUGAAGAUGACAUUUUGACAGGGCUCAAGACGAGAUUAUGGCUUGAGAUAUAAAAUAAGAAUAUCAAUCUUCAGUCUCACGUUCAGUACAAUCUGUGAAGUUGUAGUAUUGCAUGAUAGGGUUAAAAUAAAUAAUUCAAUAGCUUUAUUUUUUAUGAAUGAUUCAUUAACAUUGAUACAAAUAUUGCAGUACAAUAUCCAUUUUAAUUGUUUAAUUCAAAUUGUCGAUAAAGUGAAUAUCUUUAGCAUCCCAAAUAUACUAUACCCGCCUGAAUGUCCAAAACGAUAGUUAAAUUUUAGACGAAGCUUAGUAAAGCUGAUUUGCAGGGUUCUGUAGAUUAGAUUGUGUGUAUGUACUUGUACGAAUUUAGAUUCUAGAUCUGUUUGUAUGGGAAAAGGUAUAAACUCUCUGUAGAAAAAUGUGUCUAAUAAUUGACCUGACCAUUUAAUUUUACUAAGUGACCUGAAACCUGUCAUACAUAUAGAACAGUGUUGCCAUGUACAAUCUUGCCAAUUAAUUUGUAUGUACUGUUAGCAAAUCGUUUCCAUAAAAGUUUAUGUUCUGUUUUAAGAUAUUCAUAAACAAUAUAUGUUUUGUCGUUGUCACAAAACAUAUGAGGCUUUUAAAAUCAAUGAAAUACUCUUUAUAAUUAUAAACUAUUAAAUAGUACAUCAAUCGUAUUAAAGUAAAAUAUUAAUCAUUUAGUUCGGGACAAUUUUUAUUAAAUACAUUUGUCAAUGCAAUUGAUAAUUUAGAAGACUAUACCUUUUCCCUAAUUUUAUUGUUACCAUAGAGCGUAGAAUGCCUGAUGAAUUCAAUGAUAAACGCUUCAUAAAGCAUUCCUAAACAUAAGAUUAUAUCCUCUUUAAAUUAAUAAAGUAUGUUGUCAAUUAUUGCGCGAUUUGUCGCAAUUGUAUAAAAUCAUACUAUGUAGUAUUUAAAAUUUGUUGCUGGCCUCUUAGCUUCGAUGCCACGGAGCUAGUGUAGGUAUUAUAAGCCAACUCAAGUUUGCAAACUCGGCUUUGAACAAUCAUUAGUGGAAACUAUUGUGUUAUUUUGUAAAGUUAACAUUAAACAUGAAGUACAUAGUAAUUUAAACAUAAAUAAAACAGUAUAAAAUAGCAACUAAAAAUUUUCAGUAUUACAUAGAAAUAAUUUGUUAAAUUGCAAAUUAUGUUUUAAAAUAUUAUAUAAAAGUAUUAACUUAUAUGUCUUUACGCCGUUUAGAUGUAUUUAGUAAUCAAAUUAAUAUCGCUAUGACGUUUCUAAAAAUCUACACUGUAUCUGUACUGUCUGUGCUGCGCUAAUGUUGCCAACAAAGAAAAUUUAGCAGAAUUAUACACUAUUUGGUAAAUAUUUAUAAAUUUAUAAUGCAUUACAUUUUAUAAGCACUACACUGAAAUUAGAUUUUAAAAUAUAGCUGUUACAAAGUGUUAUUUAAAAGCUUUUGUGAAAUAUUUAUUUAGAUUGUAAUAGACAAAAAAUAUGUAGAAUAUACUCUCAAACAUUAUAAACGACACUGUUUUAUUCAUAAUUAGACAAGUAUUCAAAAUAUCUGUUAACGCGAUAACUCAAGAAAAAAAUUCUUUAAAAUGUUAUUUUAUUUUAAGUUUCUAUAAAAUUUAUUUCUAUAUUAUUUAAUACUAAUGAAAUUCUGUUUUAUUUUUACUUCUUGCCUUAUUAAAUAUAUUUAAAAUAACAGUAUUAGGUUUUCAAUAAAUGUAAGCGUGAUAUGUUUAAUAGCUUGAAAGUUUUCGCACCAAUUUAGUGGUAAAGCAUCAGUCUCAAGUAUAUCUCGCUUGAACGAAAAAUGCUGCCAAUUUAUAUAAUCGUAUUGUGUAUAACUAUAUUAUACCUGUUAUGUAGUCUAAUCAUGGCUCAAUUAAAUUCGUUCCUAGAUUUUCCAAUACAGAAUUUAAAGUAAAAUUAUUAGCGAAUUCCGCUUUUUUAUGCUACACAAAUCAUGAUAAAUUUUCACGAUUAAAAGAAAAACUUUGACCCAGAAUUAGCGCAGGUGUUUGUAUUUAAUCGAUGUUCAGUAGUCGCAAAACUCUAAUUAUUGAAAAACAAAUACUUAGCAAAAUAUGUUCUAGGAGAGGAAUUCUAGUGUAAAAUAUUAUGAAAAAAUUCCUUUAUUUUCACUACACAUGCGGUUUCGUUCAAGCGCAAAGAGGAUAAAUAUAAACCAUUAAAACAAUAUGUAAUCUACGAUAACGACUGUAUCCAUGUAGAAAUACGAUAAAUAUAUUAUGUGGUAUCUGUUGAAAUGUAGAUCUAAUAUAUUUUGUUCAUAAUUCUGUGUUCUUUUUUCGCUAAUAUAUUUAUUUUUAAAUGAAUUAAUUUCUGUGUAUCCGAAUUAUUGUAAAAAAAAUUAUGUUGAUGGUUAGUAAAACAACGUAUCUCAAUAAUAUUUUUUAAAUCCACUUCGUCAAUAGUUUUAUACCAAACAUGUUUUUGUAUAUUGUGUUACAUCUGUUCAUGCUUAGUGAAGAUUUCUACUGUGAUUAUAAUUUAUUAUGUACA